AUGACUGCAAUCCUAAAUCCAGAGAAUGCAAUAAAGGUUGUAAACCAGGAUGGGUUGGAACGUUCUGCAACAGCAAUAAAAUGUCAGGCUUUGAAGUUUGGCACAGAUUGCAAGGAAAUUUGUUCUGUCAAUUGGAUACAUGGUUAUUGCAAUAACGUCAACGGCAAUUGUAUGUAUGGAUGCAAGCCAGGUAAUCAAGGAGAUAAGUGUGAAAGAAAAUGUGAAGCAUUGAAGUUUGGUAUAGAAUGCAAAGAAAGUUGUUCCUCAAAUUGCAAGCAUGGCCAUUGCAAUAACGUCAACGGCAAUUGUACUUUUGGAUGCAAGCCAGGUUAUCAAGGAAAUAAGUGUGAAAAAGAAUGCAAUUAUGGCCACUAUGGUGAUAAGUGCGCCCAUCAAUGUAAUGUUCAUUGUAUAAAAGGAAACAUAAUAUGUAGACAUACAGAUGGAGAAUGUGUGAAUGGUUGUCAGGCAGGGUGGAUUGGUCAAAGACGUGAUUCAAAAUGUAUGCUCGGGAAGUUCGGUCAAGUGGUGAGAAUUGUCAAUCAAAUUGUAAAGCCGAUGUAUGUGACUACAUCAAUGGCAAUUGUGUUGAAGGUUGCAAGCCAGGCUUUCAAGGAAACAAGUGCAAAGAAAGUAAGUGUAUCGCCGAGCUAUGGUGAUGCUGAUGCAAAUGAAACAAAUAAAACAGAAACUGUAACAACUGGAGCAGCAACAGAAGCAGCAACUGAAAUAGCAAAAGUUCAGAUAGAUGCCAUUGAAAAUGAAUCUCAUCAAUAUACAGAUCUGAGUCCCGAUACGAAAGAUGAAGCAACAUAUGAAACUAUACAUGAAUGA